AUGCAUAUACAGAAUAAUAAUAUAUAUAUAUAUAUAUCAGCUGGUACAACCACACGCCAUUUGCACCUAAUCAGACUCAGGAUCGUUCUGUCUGACACCAGUCAGAAGCUGGGUCCGGCUAACCCAGUGUGGGGUCGGCGCACCAAGCGUCAGUUAGCCACGGUUCAAAUUGAGGACAAGAUCGAGACAGACAGUGAGGAGUCAGAGCCCGACCUAGGCCCUCUUCGGUCUUUGGGUCAGAUCCGGCAGAAGAGUGGAAUGGAAGAUGCUUUCGGAGAUUCAGCGAUGGGAGCAACUUUCGAGAGUUUUGCCACGCCGUUGGACGGCGAUGGGACGACGGCAGAUGCGGACAUCACAGAUGAAGGAGUUGAGCUCGUCCUGGACGCCUCGCACCACAUUGCCCGGGGCAUCGUGGAUCGAACUCGUGGCGCACGGGUGGUUCUUUUGGACGAAAUGAUGGAGUCUAUGGAAGUGCUGAACAAUGUAUCGACGGUGUUGGAAGUCUUGGGUAAGAGGACCCGGGACUUAGAAGCGCAGCAGAGGCAGAUUUUGAAGCAUCACUGAGCCGAGCCCCA